AUGCAGCAUGAUCACCAACUCGAGACCCUCGCCAGAGCUUUCGAAGCUCUUUUGCUGACCACCCAGCAACUCAGCUGCAGGGAGAAAAGCCUGCAGCAAAGGCUGAAAUAUGCCUCUGACGAGUAUCUCAAGCUAGCAGAAAAGCUUCCCGGCGGGGUCGACGGCCACACGAAAAUCGUCGCAGAUAAAAUUCAAGGUCGCUAUACCGAGUUCGACCUUGGUGAGAAGCAAACCAUAAAGCCUCCGGACGUAGUAAAGGCGCUUGCCCAGUCUGGAAACGUAGGAGACCUGGCCCUUACCGCCAUAACGGAAGGGCUGACAUGCUACCAAUCUAUCAUACCACCACAUGAAGCCAAGCAGCUCUCCGAUCUCAACUCGUGUCUUGUUGCGACGAGAGCCGGAGUGCCUGCGCCCCUAGAAAAAGACUUCACUACCAAGGGCACGCAGGGCAGUUUGCGUUGCCCUUUUGCGAAGCAUAACAAUAAGACCCCUGAGAAUGGGCUGCCCAGUGGGGUCGAGAAUACCCCGACGGACCAGAACGGUGAUGCAUGCGGACAUGGUGACCUAGACCCUAUCAAGGCUGAGCAGAGUGACAGGCGCUCCAGUCGAGCCCCCUCGACGCGGUCGUCGGCCACUCGAUGCCCGGUCUCUCGGUGUCCCAUAAGGUAUCUAGACCAGCAUAGUCCAGAGGAGAUUGCCGACUAUGUUGAGAGACACAAGCACGAGAUCCCUAGAAGCCACGCUAUCUGUGUCCAACGGUACCAACGAGACUCCCAGACCAUGCGGCACUUAGAUGCAAAAUAUGGUAACCUUAUCAAUAUGAUCCAGGGCCUGUCCGCUAAACAUCGGGCGUUCCUUCCGGAACAAAGCCAAAGUGGUACGGCACCUUCCAGUUCAUCUGCCGAACGGGUUGAAAAAUGGGCGCAAGAAGUUGGCCUGAAAACGGAUUUGCAUCCCCCGAUCAAGGAGGAGGAGGAAGAGGAGAAGGAGGAGGGGGGAGGCGAGGCCGAACAGGAAGAGGAAGAGAGGACAGGCCAUUUCGACCGGCCUAUGCGUGAAAUCCGGGUUGGCGAAUCCCCAAGCAGGCCUUGGGGGAUAUCCGUCCCUAUAACACCUCUACCACCCAACACCUCUCCUCCUCAUUCUCCAGCUGCACCCGUCGCGGCCUCCAUCAAUCUUGCAUCCCCUCACCCCCCCAAUCUAGCGGCUGCAGAUCUGCCCUCCAUGGCACCUGGAGACCCGGUCCCGGGGCCACCUGAGACGGCGCCCAAGAAAGGUCGUUGUCCCUUCGGGCAUGGUGCGCCCUCGGGUGAAAACCCAGUGCCGAAAACGAAAACGAAGAUAGAGACCACUCCUGCCCAGAACAAGGUGGAAUCAGGGAACGAGGCGAACGAGGCGGACAGACCCGGUGAUUCUGCAGAGCAGAAGGGCGGAGCGGCGCCUGAUGCCCGCGGUCUACCGGACCAACGGACAGCCAGCGUCAUCUUCAAUGGACCGGUAUUCUUUGGGUUUUCGGCAGAACAGACAGCUUCGUUUAUGCAGAAGCUGGGGAAGCUGGGAAAUAACGCGGCGGUCUAG